AACCACAAAUGUGUUAGAAAACACCCCAUUUCACCCUCAGUUUCAAGGACUAGGACAAUGACUGAUCCAAACUCGCUUGAUAAGAAGCUUACAGAGGAUACGAGUGGCAGUCGCAAAGGAAACAAAAAGAAGCAAAAGAAGGAAGAUGCCUGGAAACCAGAGGGACCCAGGGACCCCAUUGUCAUGUUGAACUCCCUUCCAGAGAGCAAGCAGCAGGAGAUCCAGAGAGCCCUCCACCUCUUCUCCUUGGGACCAAGUCUGCCAAAGACCCUGCAGCAGGCCAAAAAACACACAUACCGUUUCUGGGAAACACAGCCAGUCCCUAGACUGGGUGACAGUAUUGAGACUCAUGGCCCAGUAGUAGAGGAAGCCAGUGUCCGUAAGGAGCCCUACUCUCUACCUCAAGGUUUCUCCUGGGACAUUCUGGACCUGAGCAGCCCCACGGUGUUGAGAGAGCUAUGCAUUCUACUAAAUGAGAACUACAUGGAAGAGGAUGACAACACUAUCAAAUUUGACUUCUCUCUGGAGUAUCUGCAAUGGGCUUUACAACCUCCUAACUGGCUGGCCCAGUGGCACUGCGGUGUGCGAGUAGACAUCAAUAACAAGUUAGUCGGCUUCAUCGCUGCUGUUCCUGCAGAUGUGCGCGUAUAUGAGAUGGAGAAGCGGAUGGUACAGGUCAAAUUCCUGUGUGUUCAUAAGAAGCUGCGCCUCAAGCGAAUGACUCCAGUUCUGAUCCGAGAGCUCACCAGACGGGUCAACCAGCAGGGCCUCUACCAGGCUGUCUACACUGCUGGCAUAGUGCUGCCCACACCACUAAGCUCCUGCAGGUAGUACCUGCUACACAGACAAUGACUCACACUUCACAGUGAAGCCACAAUUACCGUUUUUAAGGCCCCUGAAUGGGUUUUGACGUGAACACACAUGCUUUAUUUACUCGUUUGAAGCAGCAGAGUGCAUUUAAACAAAGGUCAUGUCACUUAUUUCUGAUCACCAAUAAAAAUGCGAUGACAGUCGUGGGAUUAUGGCUCCAGGCCACUGUCAACCAAAUCUGCUCAAACCACACCCACCC